AUGGAAUCAUCGGAAGAAGAAGUGGGAGGUGAUGAAGACGACAAUGAAGUAAGAAUAGUAAAUAAUAGUGAUCAUGACAGUAACUCGUGCUUGGAAUACAGUUCAUUUGAGGAUUCCGAUAGUGAUGACGAUAAUAUUGAGCUCGAAUAUUUUAUUGGUAAAGAUAAAGCAACAAAAUGGUCUAAGACACCAUUGACAAGUAAAUUCGCUAAAACUAAAAAAAAAAAUAUAAUAAAUAUAACACCUGGUUCAAAAUUUACAACUGAAGAAAUUCAAAAUGAAGUAGGGGCUUUCCACAUAAUAUUUUCAGACAAAAUGGUUGAUGAAAUUAUUCAUUACACCAAUAUGUAUAUUUCGACAGUUCAAAAAAACUAUAAAAGAGAUAGAGAUGCCAAAUUUAUAACAAAAAAUGAAAUGAUGGCAUUUUUUGGUUUGUUGUUUUUGUCAGGAAUAAAAAAAGGGAAUCACACCAACUUUCUUGAAUUUUGGGCUACAGAUGGUACUGGAAUUGAAGUUUUUCGGGCUUGUAUGAGCUGUAACCGUUUUCUUUUUAUUUUGAAUUCAAUAAGAUUCGACGAUAGAACUACUAGAAAUUAUAGAAGAUCUGAGGACAAACUAACAGCCGUGAGGUCAAUGCUUGAUCAAUUUGUAUAUAAUUGUAAAACAAGUUACUGCCUUAGUGAAUAUUUGACCAUUGACGAAAUGUUAGUCCCAUUUAGAGGUCGUUGUAGUUUUAUUCAGUAUAUACCAAGUAAACCUGCAAAAUAUGACUUGAAAAUAUUUGCACUGGUUGAUGCAAAAUCAUUUUAUACGGGGAAUUUAGAAAUUUAUUGUGGGACGCAACCAGACGGGCCUUACAAUAUGUCUUCCAAGCCAUUUGAUAUUGUCAUGAGAUUACUUGACAAUGUAACGGGAUCAAAUCGUAACCUAACAUGUGAUAAUUGGUAUACUAGUUAUCCCUUGGCUACUGAAUUACUAAAAAAGCAAACAACUAUAGUAGGAACAUUGAGAAAAAAUAAAAAGGAGAUUCCAGUAGACUUUCAACCACAUAAAAAUAAAGCAGUUAAUUCUUCAUUUUUUGGAUUUCAAAAAGAAAUAAUGAUAACAUCAUAUACUCCUAAAAAAAAUAAAGCUGUAAUUCUAUUAUCAACUAUGCAUAAUGAUACGUCAAUAAAUAGUGAGACAAAAAAACCUGAAGUUAUACACUUUUACAAUUCCACAAAAGGAGGCGUGGACACAAAUGUGUGGGAAUUAUUCAGUUUCUAG